GGCCGGACGCCGACGUCUUUCGCAUAUCAUAGGCCCUCGGGCUAUUCUUCCCCGCCUGCUUCCUGCUAUCGCCAACACUCACAGGAAGCCAUGUCUGAACGGACCUCUUCGUCGAGGCGGUCAAAGCCAGCCAGCGAUGACGCCAUCGGGAACUUUGUCAUCGACAAGGAGAUCGGAAAGGGGAGCUUUGCCCAGGUGUACUCUGGUCGUCACAAGGUCACCGGUGCCUUGGUGGCCAUCAAGUCCGUCGAGCUUGCCCGUCUCAACAAGAAGCUGAAAGAGAACCUCUACGGCGAGAUCAAGAUCCUCAAGCGACUCCGGCAUCCCCACAUCGUCGCCCUCCAUGACUGCGUUGAGUCCGGGACACAUAUCAACCUAAUUAUGGAGUACUGCGAACUGGGGGACUUGUCGCUUUUCAUCAAGAAACGAGACAAGCUCAUCACGAACCCGGGCACGCAUGAGCUCGCCCGCAAAUACCCUGUCGCUCCAAACUCGGGCUUGAACGAGGUCGUCAUACGUCACUUUCUGAAGCAGCUCAUCAGUGCCAUCAGGUUCUUGCGGGAAGCGAACCUCAUCCACCGCGACGUCAAGCCCCAAAAUCUACUGCUGCUACCUUCGCCGCAGUUUCGCGAAGCCAACAAGAUGCACAAGCAGAUUCUCAGCGCCAGCCAUGACUCGCUCACGCCGGCCGCUGGGCUGCCUUCGCUGCCGAUGCUGAAGCUGGCCGAUUUCGGUUUUGCUCGGGUGCUCCCUUCGACUUCGCUCGCCGAGACCCUCUGCGGUUCGCCAUUGUACAUGGCUCCGGAGAUUCUCCGCUACGAGCGAUACGAUGCGAAGGCCGAUUUGUGGUCCGUAGGUACCGUAUUGUACGAAAUGGCGACAGGGAGACCGCCCUUUCGAGCAGGCAACCACGUGGAGCUGCUCAGGAAGAUCGAGGCCUCGGAAGACGUCAUCCGAUUCUCAAAAGAUUGCGUCGUCAGCUCCGAAGUGAAGGGCCUGGUUCGGGCCCUGUUGAAACGGAAUCCGGUGGAGCGGAUAAGUUUCGAGGACCUCUUCCGCCAUUCUGUCAUCACCGGUCCCAUUCCAGGCCUCGUGGAAGACGAUAUUCCAAAACCCGAGAGGCCGGUUCUGGCCGAAACCAGGGUAUCGACCGGAAGUGGCGAGGCGGCGUUGAUGUCGCGGAGGCCAUCCCUUCGACGUUAUGUUGCAGAGCAGGAUUCGACGCGCGAGCCUGGGGUUCCGCCCUCGCCGAAGCCGCGUCGAUCAUCCCCUCUGGCGACGCCCAUCGAACCCAAGCCGAACCCGCUGGAGCAAGUAUCCAGCCCUCGACUGAGCUACUCGCCCCGACAGGAGGCAGAAGAGGGCCUCGGGAUACGCCGGCCUGUGGCGCAGCCAUCCACUUCGGCUCCCGUCCGGCCCAUUUCGUACGUCGACCGAAGCCGUCGGUACUCGAACGCUUCGACGAAGGCACCCGCCCGUGAGGCUCAGCCGCCGCCGCACGAGGCUGCAAGCCGCACGAGGCCAAAAAGCGCAGCGAGCAGACCUCUUACAGACGAGGAGAAAACCGCGCAGGACGUGGCAUUCGAACGGGACUACAUCUUCAUCGACAAAACCGCAGUCGAGGUCAACGCGCUCGCGGACCAGAUUUCACUGUAUCCACAGCAAGCCCAGCCGGCCAAGUCUGGCCCGGUCGUGAGGCGUGCUACGCAGCAGGGAUAUCCAACUUCGGCCACCGGCGCCGUGCCCGGCCAGUCGUCCAGGAGUCCACAGGGGGGUCGUUCCGACCACUACCGGAAGGCCUCGUACGACAAGACUCUUUCUAGCAGCCCUGGCAACACGACAUCGGUAAUCUCCAAGGCUAUCCAAGAUGCUAGUCUCCGGCUGUUCGGCUUCAAGUACUCGCCGCAGAUGUUGAGCAAGGGACAAUCACCACCGCAGAUGUACAGCCCGUUCCCGGCCUACCCGACGCCAUCUACGCCGGCUGGCUUGAUUAUGGAUGGGAAGCAGAGUGCUCCCGUGGACGAAGACUCGCGGGUCGCUCAGUGCAUAGAGGAUUACGCUACGCGGAGCGACGUUGUAUAUGGCUUCGCCGAAGUCAAGUACAAGCAAGUCGUUCCGCUGGCGCCCUCCAUCGAACACGGUCUCGGUGGUGCUCCUGCCGACAGGAUGGGCGAAGAAGAGGACGGCCUCACAAUGGAUGCGGUGGUCUCGCUGUCCGAAGAGGCCCUAGUGCUCUACGUCAAGGCGCUGUCCUUGCUCGCCAAGUCGAUGGACAUCGCUAGUCUCUGGUGGUCGCGCAAGAGCCGGGCAGAAUCUAGCAACAGCGUGCAUUCGGCCACCCGGGACUCGGUGAACACGCAAGCGCUAGCGCUGAAGAUCAACGCGGCAGUCCAGUGGAUUCGCGCCCGUUUCAACGAGGUCUUGGAGAAGGCCGAGGUUGUCCGCUUAAAAUUGAUCGAGGCACAGAAGCAGCUGCCCGAGGAGCAUCCCAGCCACCCGAGUAACCAGCCGCCCGAGACGAGCGCGCUGGGCGGCUCCGACACCGUGACAGUGUUCCCCUCGCUCGGCAUAAGUGCCGAGAAGCUGAUGUACGACCGCGCCGUCGAGAUGAGCCGCACGGCCGCCAUCAACGAGAUUGCGAGCGAAGAUCUCCCCGGCUGCGAGAUAUCGUAUGUCACGGCGAUCCGCAUGCUCGAGGCGGUGCUGGAUAGCGACGAUGACCACCUGCCGAAGCGCCGCGUGUCAACGUCGUCUAAGGAGGAGAAACCCGUCGCUGCUCAAGACGCGUCAGACGAAAUGAGCAGCGACGACAAGCAGGCAGUGCAAAAGAUGGUGCAAAUGGUCAACGGCAGACUUGCCCAUCUCCGGAAGAGGAUGCAUGCCAUUGCUGUGGCAUCCAAAGCCCAGCAGCAGCAACAACAACAUAUCGUCGUCCGGCGGCGAAGCGGCGACGUCACGCCGCGCAGUGUACCGACCUGAGGGUGCAUGUUUGAUGAUUAAUGAAGGCGAAGAUAUCAGGGCUCAUUAUUAUUACUAGGAGCUUAUGCCCCACGGCUGGCAUUUCAGCCCUCUGGAUUCUGGACCGGUAGUCCGGGUAUGCAGUGGGUUUGUUUUUUUGUGCGACUUACGUUUAGGGGGGAAUCAUGCAUCUGGGUGGGCGUUUUCUUCAUAUCGAUUCGCGCGGUACUAUUUUGGGGCAAUUGGCAUGGAGUCUGGAAGUUGAGGCUCGGUUCUGCACCCACACGCAACACUCGCGGACUUAUGGCGUUGGGACCAUCGUUCUUCUGCACGGUGGCUAUUAUUAUUCAGAGUAUAUUUU